UGUCUAUGUGCUCCGAUUCUGUGCCUUGUAUUGUUUUGAUAGUGAAAACUCAUUUGGACCUAUAGAUAACAGCUACGGAUAACGAUAUCAGAUGUGAGUUUAACUGUAUCUUUUUGCGCAUAAUAUAUGUCAUUUAAUGAGUUUCAAAUAGCAUCAUACUGAAUUCUCGAACCUUAAAAACAAGCGUUUGUAGCCGUCUUGGACCUAACCGCCAGCCGUAUGCUAACAUGAGCUAACGGCAGGGCUAGCUGUUAGCUGAGAUGUCUUUUUCCACCAGCAUUUCUGUAAACAAUGAGAUAGAGUGGGGCUGGGAUUUUGAUAGUAAUAGCUGUUAGCAUAUAUGUCAGACAUUUAUAGACGAUAAAGUCUACAGAUACCAUUCUGUAGCGUGCUAAGGUCUUCCAGUCGACGGUGGCUAGUUACGUUAGCUUGCCAGACGCUAGACAACAAUGCAUCUUGUGUUAUCUAUUUAUGUACAUUAUUGUGACUUAUAGAUAUAGUCUAAGGUUAUCGUAAAAAUGUGGGUGGUGUUAUAUAAUGUUGAAAAUGCGCUGUUCUAUGUUUAAUGUGGCCUAUGUUAUUUAGCGAGGUUAGCUCAGGUUAUUGAUGCUGAUCAAACAACUUUGAAUAAUUCAUUUGUGUUAAUUGAGAGGCAUAAAAACACGUGGUACACACAGUUUUAAAAAAUUCUCUUUUGUUAUCCACUUAAAAGCGUUUUAUAACGUUGUUACGGUAAAGAAAUAGAGUACUGAUAUGUAAUGAUUGAGUUGUGCAUUGUUGGCUUUUGUCCAGCAGGGGGCGCUACCGCACAGUUUAUUGGUCAGGGUAAGCUAAGUCAAAAUACAAGAUCAGCAGUAUUAUCAUCAGUCAUGUGUAAACAUGGGCAAUGCAACAAUACAACAUCACUACAGUACAUAUUCAGUUAUGUUAACACAAGCAGAGAUUAUAGUGGUUUGGUAAUUAAAAUCAGUCGUUGACAUUGUUGUGGGCGUUGGUUGUUGAAAGGCAUUCUUAAUAUCUGGGUCCCCUUGUGCUGGCAAAUCAGAAGAACAAAAUAAAAGCAACACCUUUUAGGACAAGAGACCGCUCUCUUUGUCAUCAUAAUAAAUUUGAAGUACAAUAAUCACCAGUGUUAUCAUGUCAACAUAAAACAGAAGUUUUAGAAACCCCUUGAAUUACUCAUUUCUGGUAGAUCUGUUAAUUUGGGUUGCAUUAGAUUGUGCAUGUGUACAUAAUGUUAUGAGAAGGAGUUUGACUCUUGUGUAACUUUACUCUCUUUAAACAAAUAUUAAACUUCAAAUAUUUAUUCCAACAUUAAACCUAGAUGUAGAAGCUAAGAUGACAGUACAACAGAGGAUCCUGAAAUUAACAGUAAUUUUCAUCAUUUAAAUGAUCCUUUGAGUUGUUUUGUUGGCAACUAAGCCUCCACAUAUUUAAGUUGUACUUGUUUUUGCAAGGGAGGUAAUUAUUUACUCAGUUUUGCAAAGACAAGUUCAACAAAACAUGCAGCACAUAAUGGGGGCUUUAAAAAUAGAAAUAUAUCAGUGAUUAAGGUAUUUUAUCACUUAAAAAAAAUCACUGCAGGCAUCACUAUAAUGUUGAAAAGGAAACCCUAACUCAGUCAGCAUAACUGCUUGCUGUAGUAAGGGGAGUUUCCCCCCACAUAGUCUUGAUCCCAAAAGGGCUUUUUGGUGGUAGUGUGGUUUAUUCCUCUGACUUUUCCCACAGUGUUUAGUGUCAGGGGGGCAGAAACCACUUCCAGGAUACAGAGACUCACUUCCCACGCAGUAAUUUAGAAGAGGUCAGAGUUGAAGCAUGGUGACAUUGUUUCUUUUUUAAGAGCUUAACCUGGGCUAUUUGCCCACAAAUAAUCUGAACAAGCACAACCUGUAAUUAGAUUUUAUUUCAGUAAUUCAACCUAUUUUUACACCAGCGUGAUAAUGUAAAAGCAGUGGGGGAUUUUUUGAAUACAAAUUUGUGUUUCAAAGUCUCUUGAAAGAGGUUUAGCUUCAAAACAAAUGUUUUCCAAAAGCAUUUUUUAGCACGCAGGCGUUCCCUAAUGUCUAAUGACACAGCAGUGCUACUAUAUUACCUGUUCGUGUUAACAGCAGGCAACAUUUGCGUCUCAGUGAAGGUGGUUAUGUGAUCUUUUUUGCUCACUUGCUCACUAGUGAUUGAUAGCAGCAAGACAUUUCUAUCAGAGGAAAUGAGGCUGGUAAAGAGGAGGUUUGGAGCCAAGACAGGGAGGAGUUUAGGCAGAAAGUGGAAAAAAAAGGUUACUGCUGUUGAAAGAAAAGUCUGCUGUCUAUUUCCUGGCUUGGCUGUGUCCCUUGGAGAUAAUGCUCCAAGCCUUAGUCCUAGCCUGUCUCCAAAGGCUUAACCAACCUUCAGCUGGCAGCAAUAUGUGUCCACAUUUUUCUGUCUCAGUUAGUUAUUUCUAUCCUUAAAGAUAUCACUGUUCAGGAAAUCAUACAUUGAUACAAGCCAGGGUCAUUUUAUGUAGUAUUAUUUAUUAUAAUAUCUCCUAAUGUUUCCCUCUAGAUACCCCCUGUUGUCAAAGAAGUAAUGGAUGAACAGACCGGCUCCCCAGGAGGUAAUGCCGACAACAACAGCCAGAGAAAUGGAGAUGAGGUAAAUCUUUAACAAACUGAUUUCAAAUGACAUAUUUUUCUGUUUUUCUCCCAAAUAAACCAAAAAAAAUGUCCUGCUGUUCAGCAUAAUGGAGGAUGACUGCUAAACCCUUCAAAAAAUAUCUGAUUUUGUGAUUUUACAGAAGCCCAGACGUGGCAGCUGGACCAAGGGGAGGAAAAGGAAGAAGCCGAUGAAGGACAGCAAUGCACCCAAAGCCCCUCUAACAGGCUACGUUCGCUUCAUGAAUGACAGACGGGAGCAGCUACGAGCAGAACGUCCAGACGUUCCCUUCCCAGAGAUCACCAGAAUGCUGGGCAAUGAGUGGAGCAAGCUUCCCCCAGAGGAGAAGCAGGUGAGUGUAGAGAGAGACGGCCCAGACAAGCAACAGUGGCUGCGUUUACAUGCAGUCCGUAUUCGGGUUAAGGUCAAUAAUCUGGUUUCUGAAACAUUCAGAAUAACCUGUUUACAUACGUAAGCAAACAGGGUUAUUCUUGAUUACAUGGUAUCCCAAUCAAAACAGCGAUGUAUGGAGAACUUCUGGACGCAAUGCGCGCCAUUUCCGCCUCUUCUUCCUGUAUCCAUAGCAACAGUAACAACAACAACAACCACAGCAGCACGGUGGAAAAUGAACAGUCCAGUCUAGUAUUCUGGUUCUGAAAGGGUUAAUGACUGCAUGUAAACAUAGCCAGUGUAGCUUUGUGUUCCUCUAGGCUUUGUUUGUCACUGAGCAUUUCACAGCAGCAAAAUUGACCCACUUAGAAGGUCCAGUUUUCAAACAGGAUUGGAUAAACUAUCAAAGAGCUUGAGAGGCCAGCAGCAGAAUAAUUGUGGUCCCUGACAAACAAAGUGAGAGAUUUUAAUUGUCAUUACUCAGUAAUUGCACCAAGGGUGCUCCAGAGGACUGCACUGACAUAUUCAAACACAACAUGCCAACACUUGAGCGUGUUCUCAGGCAAAUUUAACACUUCCUCAAACCAGCAGAGACUUUCAUCUAAUUUUACAACAAAGCUCUCAAGGAGUGUAGGAACAAGAGUGUGCAGAGUGCAAAGUGUCAGUGUUGUGUUUUGUUUUUUAUUGGAGAAUACAUGGACUUAAACGGGACUAUAUCUGUAGUUUUUUGCUAUCCCCUGACAAUUCUUGUGUUAUACAGUUUGAUAGCAUCUCCAUGUGUCCUAGUUACAGCUUUGACUGUGAUGCAAGAAUAGCAGAAGGAUGUCAAAACUGAUUCAAAUGCCCUCUCAUAGAAAUAGAAAAUAUGAUCACAGUAUAAAGCUAUGAAGUUAUAAAAUUGACGUCAGUUUUUGCUGUGGCUGACAGUUAAUCGUUUUUACCAAGCAAGGUUAGAGUAGUUUUGGAUUUUUCCCUGUAGCUUAGUUUUAUUUCGUUUGGGCUUUUUAUUUCUCUAAUUCAGUUAGUUUUAUUUAGUUUUUAGAGUGGGUUUGUAAGUUUUUGUUGAGUUUUUAUUAGUUUUAGUAUUAAAUUUAGUUGUUCUUACUUUCCAAUGAAGUUAUUCACUUGUGCAGCACCGGAUGAUUUGAAUUUUGGCUCAACUUUUCAAAGGCAAUCAAUUGACACAAUCUUGGAGACAUCCCAGUCUCAAUAAACAUAUUUACUAGUGCAUCUUCCCAUUUGUGAUAAUCCUGCGUUUUAUUAACCACCAGCUAUAUGGUCCAUUAUAGUUGUUUCCCACUUCCCGGUGCUAUUUCCUGGUCGAGAUGUUGCUUCUUUUUCAGGGGAGCGCUUCAGAGAGGCCACUUGGUCAAGGUACUCGCAAUUAGCGUUCUUUGUGAGCUUCUCAAAUAGACUUUCAGAUUUGUGAAGUUUUUUCCUUUGAGAAGUAUUCCACAUACUUUAUCACCAGUUUCCACUACAAGGCACUUGCUUUUAUCUUUCUUGCUGUUGUAUUUAAAGAAAUAUCAUAUAGGACUUGUCGCCAUUUUUCUUGGUAGAACGGUGACGAGAAGCCAACUCUAUACAAGAGAUGACAAACUGUGAGGUGCCAUACGGUGCUGCUAGCUCACGUAAAAUUGCUCGAGCUUAAUAAAUCAAUUCCAUAUCACUUCAAAGUUGACAAAAACGAAAUCUAUUAUUUCAAUACAUUUUAGUUAGCUUUGUUAACACACAAUACAGUUUCAAUUAGUUAUAGUUUUUCUUUUAUAGCUUUUAUUUAUUUCAUCUGACGGAAAUGUUUUUUCAAUUCUAGUUUUCAUCAUUUCGUUAGUUUUCGUUAACAAUAAUAACCUUGGUCCCAAGUAAUUCUUAUUUCUGCAUGUGUAGUAGUCACAUUGCAGGACAUGCAAUGCCGGUUAUAGACUGAACCCCAUUAUACUUUAACCAAUUUCUUGUCUGCCAUUUUUGAACUACAAGAAUUAUUACUUACAUGUAACCUCUCACCUGCAUUUUCAGGGAAGUGACUGCUUUGCGUGUAGAUUCAGUGUGUCAAAUAACUGUUAAAUGUAGACAUGCACUCGCACAUGACACUGCUGUUUCAUAAACACCAGCAAACACACAACUAAGCAGGACUAACUUCCAGACAGUGUAUUCCCUGCUGGUGCUCAUUAAUGUGACAACACCACAGGAAGUUUACUUUCAGUGUUUACACCUGUAGCAAAAGUACAGUACAGUGUUGAGAAAACCACAUGCAGAGGAAGAUUGCUCCAUUUAUUAAUAAGAUUUCUGAAAUAAUUUGGGUUCACAAGAUGUAUUUUCAUUAAUUAUAAGAUCUGGAUGAUUAUUAUUAAUUGUUCGUUCUUGAAAACUUCUUCAAUUUGUCUCUUGACAGUAACUAAUCCUGAUUAGGAUUUGUAACUGCCUCUCAUUGAGCCAUUUCAACCAAAAUCCUCUCUUAUCCUGUUUUGGCCAAAUCUCAUUUUCCCCCUUUGCUUUUUUUUUUUCUUGUUCUUUGGCUGAGUCCUUGCAGCUCCUCUCACCUUUCUGUCUUUCUCCCCUGCAGCGAUACUUGGAUGAGGCAGAGAAAGAUAAAGAGCGCUACAUGCGGGAACUGGAGAAGUACCAAAAGACAGAGGCCUACAAACAUUUCACCAGGAAGGUCCAGGAGAAGCAGAAGGGGAAACGGCACAGGGGAGGUGAGAUGUGGAUGGACGGAAGGUGGAAUGGAAAAAAGUGGAAGGAUAACAAACACUGGGACCAGCUGCUGUGGCUAUUUUCUCACCAUUAUUGGAGCUUGGUAAAAGAAGUAGAAGGCAGGGCAGAUAUAUCUCAUGUUUUUUUUUAUGUCCAAAAAGAAGUUGAAAUUUUACAAAGAGGAUUUAACCAAACAGACGCCCAUGAGCAAGUCACCAAGCCACUAAAUGACCCAGAGUAGCUAGUUCUUGGCUUAUAAAUCAGAAUAAAUUGGUUUUUUGAAAGUAUAUUUAUGUAUGCAUUGUGUUGCAGCUUUGAGGAAAUAAGCAGCUACAGAUGAAGGAAAUAAUUCCCCAGAAAUUGAUUUCCCCCUCACCUUCAAAUGUUUGCAAAGUUUGGAAACAUCAUUUGCAUAAAUUCCAUCACGCAGUGUUGGAUCUGAGAACUCAUUAUUUCUGAUGCUCAGUCAGUCGAAUAGUGGCAGGCAAGGGAGAUAUUUCAGCAUUCAAAGUAGUGGUAGUUCAGGUUAUGAGUUCACCUUGAGGCCAAGGAGCUGUUUCUGUGCUCACUCACUCAACACAUGGUUUCUAUUAUUUGUUCUGAUUUUAUGACUGUGGAUAAAUCUCUGUUAAAAUAUCAAAAAUGUUGAUGACAGAAACAGCCCUGCCUCUGCAGAAAUGCUCAGAGAGGCGUAAAACUGCUCUCCUAUAGUGGAAGCUGUGCCACAUUUCAGCUGAUUCACAAUAGAGAGUGCUGAGACGGUAUUUUUUUGGAUAAGCUUGAUUCACUCCAUCAGUUCACGACGAAGCAAAGAUGUGCUGCGCCAGGGGAAACAUGAAUCAUCUGCUGUUGUCUUCAUUUUUUAUUCUUUUCUCUCUUUCCAGAUGUCGGGCACCAGGUAGCCAAUGAGGCCCUACAUGAGGUGGGUAACUCUCUGCUCUUCCACACUUAGUCAUUCUUUUUGAUCAGGGAACAUCUCAUUUAAUCCUCUGUUCACUACCUUUGUGUGGAGAUUCUGACAGUCCUAAGUCCCUUUUCCAUAUGCACAAAAGUCCUGAAAAUGUUCUGGCAUGUUUGCACACAAAUAGAUAUUUUUUUGCCUAACAGUUGUGAAAAAAAGUUGUCUUAAAGCCUAGUGCGGAACAUUUACUGCAAGUGAGUAAGUUUUGAAGUUGUUGAGCAGAAUUGCUGCUUUGCACUGCUGUCGCUUUUGUUUUGCAGAAGCAUCCUUUUACACGUGGCAGUGAUAUAAAAUCCAUAAACAGUCACUGGUCCAGUACACUUACCCUUGUAUUUCUGCCUGCUCCCACUAAGAGUCCCCCUCACCUAUGCAAAAAAAAAAAGUAUAUCAGGAUGUGAGAGAUUUAUGUUGAACUGCUGGUUCUUUAUUUCAGAAUUGUCUGAUAAUAGAUUCUAACUGACAGUAGUUCAAUCAGACAGGGUCUUCAUUAUACAUGUGAAGAUCCUCAAAACCAGCAUGUGGUAAAAAAAUAAAAACUGGCAUAAUUUUUAUUAAAAUCCAAAUUUAAACUGUUAAAUAAUUGUCUAAAAAAUGACCCAGUUUUCAUUGGUCUGUGUAUCCAUGCUCAGAAUUUCCCACGUCUGUUGAAUUUGCCCUCUCCUUGCUCCACACCAGUGCUUACUGUUGCAUCACUAAAGCUGGGUUAAUCCUCUUUGGUGCCGCGUUUGUGUUUGUGAUCCAAACACUCUGGCUUUUGCUAAGUGUGUAAUUCAUGAUCAUUAAAUUCUGCCUGUAAUCAAGAGGCUUCCUUUGUAAGUAUGUCUUAAAGCUGAAUGACUGUGGCCAAGGUGACUCUAUUGGAGUCAGCAUUCCUGUGGGAGCGCUGGUGUUUCCCGUCCAGAUUUCAAAGACGAGGGAAUCAUCAGAAAGAAACAAGGGUGGAAAUAAACAAGUGAACCCUGCUCUGUAUGAGCUGUAGCAGUAGCAGUAAAUUACUUUUCUUUCAAACCAUUCCUCAGCCUUUGAUUUCUAAGCAGGACUGUUGAUGAAAUUACUUUGCCUUCUUUAUUUCUCAGAGUAUGUUGCUCUAUUUCCCCUGUGGCCAGGUAUGAAAUCAAUUAGCCCCCACCCACGGCCCGCUAAGAUGAAUGACCACCUUUCGCUAUCGGUGUGUGGCAAGUGAUUUCCUCUGCUCUGCUUAUUUUUCUUCCUUUCUGUUUCUGGUUUUCAACAGAAGGAUGCAGAAGGGAAGGACAGAACUGUGUUUGACAUACCAAUCUUCACCGAGGAGUUCCUCAACCACAGCAAAGGUAAAGAGCUCAAGCACAGCGAGCUGUAUUCUUGGGAAUACUUUGAAGUUGGUGUGCUUAGACUUUAUGAAGGCUCCAUUUGUUAAAGUGUUUCUUAACGCAUCUCUCUGCUACCUCAGGAGAACAUAGUGCUCCUGGAAUAGUUUGACAGUGCACAGAACUCCGCAACGCCCCAAACUAGAAAAAAACACACCCCUUUGAGCCGUUCAAUAAUUGAUUAUGGCACCAACUGCUGUAUUUUGCUCUCUGUUCCCUCUGUCGCUCUACCAUUGUCUGAGUUUCUCCCCGUGUUCAUGUGUUCCUAACAGCACGUGAGGCUGAGAUGCGGCAGCUGCGAAAGACCAAUAUGGAGUAUGAGGAAAGGAACGCAGCACUGCAGAAGCACGUGGAGAGCAUGCGCGGGGCGGUAGAGAGGCUGGAAGGCGAUGUGAUGCAAGAGAGGGGACGCAACGGGCUUCUCCAUCAACACCUGGAGACCCUUCGCCAGGCUCUCACCUCCAGCUUCUCCUCUGUCCCUCUGCCAGGUGAGAAGAAAAUAACAGUUUCUUCAUGAGAGCCCACUGAUAUCAGAGGUGGAGGGAUUUUUGUUGUUGUACAAGAGGUGCAGAUUGCCACUGUUUCAGGGAGCAUUUUCUGGAAGUAAGUAAGACUUACUGUAAGGACAGCAAAAAGUGUAAAAUGCAACCCGUGGUCAUGCACCCUUGAUCUGUGGUCAUUAAUGAUCCUAACAAUGAAGCUUUAAGGACUUUGAACAGGUACCUGUCUCCAAGUGCAGCUCACAAUAGAUAUGGCCCAACACCAGCUCCAUACUGGCUUCUUAAAUCAAAAUUUAAACAAUAGCAAUCAAAGGAAAAAAGUCUUGGUUAAAAGUCCUUAAUUUCUAAUAAUUUGAGGUCCUGGAUUUGCAACUUAUCAAACAGGAAGCAGUAUUUUCAAGCAUUUAAAGUUAUUGCAGUGUCAUCAAAAGUGAUACAUGGAAUCCCAGCAGAGCAAUGAGCCAAUAAGCUACAAUAAGCCACAGCUACAAAAAAAUCAUAGAUAUGAUGAUCAUGUUUUAUGUAGAAAGUUGUGCUUUGCAGGAUGUAUACAUUUUGGGUAGACCUACAAAUAGUCGUCUGGACCCACAUUGUAACACCAACAGCAAAACCAACACUGUCCUCCCUGCUCCAACACACCUGAUUCAAAUGAUCAGCUCGUUAUCAAGCUCUGUAAUGGCUUAAUAACCUAUAACGAUAAUAACGAGCUGAUCAUUUGAAUCAGGUGUGUUGGAGCAGGGAAACAUCCAAAACAUGCAGGACAGUGGGCCUCAAGGACUGGACUUGAGAACCACUGCUGUAAUGAGACAUUUCUUCAGCCUCCUUAGUUUGCCAUAUAUUUGACAGAGAUUAUGUUGUCUCAUUAUUGGGACUGUAUGGACUUAACUUCAUUUUGGAGAGUUUUAGACAGAAAAAAAGGUGCCAUUUGCAGAGAAGGGGGGAAAAAGUUUGACCUCUUGGGGGUCAGAUUUGCUCACUUUGAUCAAUGCUCAUUAUCAACUGCUUUAGACUUGAUAUCUCAUAGCAGUAAUCUAUUCCCAGACACAGCCACUGUUGUAGGUUAUUAGCUCUCCACUCAGUUUACCUUGGUGAGACAUAAAUAAUGAUAGAGUGUUCACACCAACUGUGUAUUUACUGUGCUUUGAUCUCGAGCGUCUCUCCCCCUGAAGUGAUCCACUCUUCAACAAAUGUCCAGAUGAACCACUUACUGUUCUUUUUAACCGACCCCAUGCAUGUGAGCCCGUGAAUCCUGCUUAAUAGAUUUCUGUUCGUUACUUAAAUUUGAGCAAAGCUGUCUCCUCUGUUCACACUUGUUUUAUGCACACACAGAACCCAUGCUGAGCUUACACCCACAGGUUUUUUUUCUCCACGCCUAUUUGGAUUUCUCGCUCACGCAGCAGAAAGGCAGACUCUGCAAACAGAACAAAUACACACAACAGCAGUGGAAUUAUUUCCAAAGAGCUCGACAAUGAGAAGUGAUUGCAAAAUCCAGUUGAAGUUAACCCCAGGGGACUUCUUCAGCACAUUCUGUUUAGGAGAAAGUGUCAAUAUAUUAAUAAACAGCAACAACCAACCCUGAUUUUUCUGGUACUUGGCUGAAUGGUUCAGUUUUAUGAAUCAGUUAACUCUGUAUGCUAAUUAAAAACAGUAACCAGAGGUACUUCAUUUCUUGGUUAAAUUUUUCUGUUUCACAUUGAAUUUUUUCCGGGUCUUGACGCUUUUGUUUUGACACACAAUUGAACCGUGACAAGCCAGAAAAAUCCUGUCAGCCUGAUGAUUGCUGUUUCCUUCUGCCUGCUGGACUCUCUGACCCAGCUGGGGACAGCCCUCGACGCUGCUUGCCGCAAACACAUCAGCAUGACAAGUAGUGGCUUGUGCUGCUGUGUCUGUCUGAUUGGUGUUUUCAUGUGUGAUUUGUGCCCUUCAGUGGGCAUCCCAGCUACUGCUUAGGAGUUGUCAAAACAUAAAACUUACUCAAAUGUAAAGAUUGUUGUAGACUCUUUGGUCAACAGUGAGGAAUAUUCACAACACAAAAACAACUGCUGACAUCAGAUAUUUUUUGUGUUAUAGGUAGUGGAGAGACACCCACUCUUGACACAGUCGACUCUUACAUGAAGAAGCUUCACAGCCUCAUUGUCAGCAACCCUCAAGACCACGAGAGUCUCAUCAACAUUGUGAGGGAUGUGGUCAACCGUUUGGACAGGUAAUAACAACUUUACUUAAGUUUUGCAUGGCUUUAGAUAGGCUUUACUCACACUUCACACAGAAAAUUCAAAUGUUCUAGCAGCUCACAGAAAGAGAAAUUAAAUGCUGUACACAGGUAAUACAGAAAGCAAAAAAAUCAACAAAAAUUUCAAAGUAAAAAUUUGCAUGUCCUGCAGAUUGCAGUUUCCACAAACACCCUGUUUAUCUUUUUGGAAAUCUAAGGAAACUUUUUUUGACUUUGGGCGGACUAUCACACUUUGAUCCGUAACUUUACCCGACAUGAGUUAUAAUAACAGCUAGUGAACUGGUUACUGGUUGUGCCCGUGAGUUCACUAAAAUGCCAUGUCCUCGGUUAAUUGAUAAUGACAGAUUUUACCGGUGAUCUAGUCCCAGUGGUUCUGAGCAGGACAGAGAAUGAACAGAUUGCAGAUUUAUUCACAUCUAGUUAUUAUAUAAGUAAAAUACAGGAAAAAAUAGCUGUUACUGUGCAUUCUCUCAGUGAUUACAAUCACUGUGUGUGCAGACACAAACAGCUGUCAAAGCUGACCUACAGCAGAUCCAGUGGUGACCAUAAAGAAAUGCUGCUUUUACCCAUACCCUCUCUGUCAUUUUCAUUUCCUUUGCUUGUAAUGGAGGGACUAAGACUCAGAGAAAAGACCCUUUAAAGUCUGUGUAGUUAGAGCAUGUUGUCUUGUUUCAGCAGUGAACUAACCCUGGGUGUGUUUGCCUUCUUUCGCUCCAGAUAAUUGGACCAGGUCCAGCUGAUUUGAUGGAUUGAGACUCAAAGUGACAUUCAGUGGAUGCUGCCUCUCGGCGAUGAAUCUCAGAAUGAUUUUAAAUCAUCUUUUGUUCCUUUCUGAAGAUGAUGUAGGUGAAGGUGAAGUAGCGCCUCAUAUCUAUUUAUUAAUUUCUACAUCUUUUUAAAACUGUUUUCACUUUAUUGGUAUAGCUGUAGUUUGUUUUAUAAUAAAAAUUGAAUGAGAUGACAUGAAACUGUUCCCUGUUACUGGUGGCUCCUGUCCCGUCCAUUUAUAGCAAACGCGCCCACAGGAGCAACGAGAACAUUAUCAAACGACUUCUGAUCAAAGAGAAAUGUGUCAGUAGGUUUGUAUUUAUCAUAUCCAGGGAGAUUGUUUCUGCUCUGUUUGUUUCUGCUCUGUCGAAGGAAAAACAUGUGCCAUUUAUUUUUUUUUCCCUGUGUGAAAAAGUGUUUGUGUUUUCAAUAAACGUGUUUACUUCAGCAGUAAGUUUGUUUUUGUGGGAUCAUGGCACUUUGGGAAUACACUUUUUCUGAAUUGAAAAGCAAAGUUUGAUACUCCAGGCACCAUUGACCUAUAUUUUCUUAUUUUGUGUUAUUUAGAAACCAGUUUGAAGUAAGUUCAGCUUCCAUAAGAGGAGCUGCUGAGUGAUUAAAUGAUCUUUCUUUAAUGGCAAGUUCCAAUAAUCAGGAUUGUUCAAACAGCCAAGCUCUUUAGUUGGUUUACUCUAAUGAGUAAAUGUUUGAGGCUAAUCUGCUGUAAUUAUUCACUGUAAUUGUUCUUGUUUAAAAGACUUUAUUGCAAAUGUGGAGUUAUUAUAGAGUGUAUUGGUUUAGUUAAUGGAGCUGCUCUAUUAUAAUGUUUCGAGGCAUAUUCAAUCUGUGGCUUAUUCAAAACCACCAAGCAGCACACAGCUUGGGGGAACAAUAAUUUAAAGAAUAUUCAAAGAUAAUCUCAUUUAUGGUUGUUUUCAUCCAAAAGAGACGAUUGAGAGCAAAAUUAUUGUGGAAGUCUUGGUUGUACUUUUUGUUGAUCAGAAUCAUGAGAAUCGGUCAGUUUGGGAAUUUGAACUUAAAUGCAAACUAUCAGAUGGCAAACUAAGUUUUGUCUUCCCUUUUGAAAUGAAAGCAGAGUGAGAGCUCCUGUUAUCAAAGGCCACGCUGGUCACAGUUUUACAUCCAACAGUAUCACAGCAGGUCGCCUUUCCAUCUGAUGCAAUGAGGGGCAAUUUACAGCUCAUUUUAGAGUUCAACAGUUUUACAACCCUGAAUCAGAUUACAUGCCAGCCUUUUUUUAGUAGCAAAAUUUUAAUAAUAGAUACAAAAUCACUCAUAGAUUUUCUGUUGAGAGGAGAAAGUUUGCAGAAAAUGUUUACUACAGUGACGGCUGUAUGGAGCUAACCUCAUGCAGAGAUAUUUGGGCUAAGUAUUUCAUUUGCAGGCAUGAUGUGCUUAUCUGUCUAACAGUUCAGAUGUUUCAGUCAAAACCAGGAAUUUCACCCUCACAGAGGUAGGUAAGACAAACAUUAGGGAUCAUCAAAGUUUGUAGGACUCAUCUUCUGGCAACCAUAACUACAUUAUUCAGCCAUUCUAACUGUAAUUGAGAGAGACAGACAUGCAAGCAAUUGCUGUGAAUUCCAAAACAACCUCUACAUGGGGUUACAGCUAAUAAUCAGGGAUGCACCCAUUUGUGGUGGUCUAUCCUCUGUGAACCAUUAAUAUCUAAAUAAACCUUAAGGCAAAUCAUGCAAGGACUGGUUUAGUCUAGAAUAGAGUUGCUGACCUGAGCAGAUUUCCAUCCCCAGAGAUAUGCAGCUUGUGUUACCAACUGUAGAAACUAUACAGCCAGAUCGGUCCUCCUGUUUUUUCAGAUGUAUGGGCAAAAAACACAUUAAUUGAAGCUCCUGUGACCAGUGAGACACUCAAACCUUGUUAGAGUUGUUUACCUUUAAACUUCUAGGAUCAUCUGUCCCAUGUCUGCUGCUCAGCUUGUGCAGGAGGCCCCAAAGCUCAUUUGUGUAAUGAGCUUGGAAGGAGUAUGUUUUUGCUUUGAUGUUGGCCCAAACCUGUAGGAAAAAUAACAUGAAAAAAGGAAGAAUGAGCAGCAAAGCAAAAUCACAUACAUCGCAAGAGUUACUCAACUCCAAGCAGUAAAUCCAUCUACAAUACAAGAUAAAAGACAAAACCAGACCAUGUGAUACGAUACGAUACAAUAUGAUCAUAGACUGUAUAUGGUAUGGACAAAAUGGCUGCACCUCCCGUCAUUGUUUGAAUUUGAAAUAAGCCAAAUAUCUCGGUAAGUCCGGGAUUUUCUCUGUUUCUUGAAACCAGCAUUUGCACAGUAGCGUUUGGAUAUGAUCCUGGUGUUCAUUUGUCUUGUUAAAAUGUUCUUUAGUUAAUCUUUGGUGGAUUAUUUAUGUCUGGUCUUUUGUUAUAAUAAAUCACUUGUUAGACUUUUGGAAGGUGUUUUCUGUUACUUUAUUGGGUCAGUGUGUGGACAGUUGUAAGCCCCAUUGGGCAGCUUCUGGUGAGGCACAACACGAUACAAUAAGGUACGGUGCUGAUACGAUAUAAUGUCCACGAUAUGGUUGAAUUCAAUACAUAACAAAACAAUCUGAAUGAUGAGGUAAAUGGGAUGAGAUACCCUUUAAGAAAUCUGUUUUUGGAUACAAUACAAAACAAUAAGGUACAAUAUGAUACAAAACAAGCGAUAUGGUACAAAAUGAUAAAACUAAUUUCCCUCUUCAGAGAAUGUGUCUUGGAUAUGAUAGGAUACAGUGCGGUAUGAUAUGAGAAGAUACAAUUUGAUAAGAGAAGAUACGAUUCCAUAUGAUGUUACACGAUCUGAUACGAUUCGAUAUGAAUUGAUACAAUAUGAUACGAUACAAUACAACACUAUAUCAUUCAAUAUGAAAUUAUACAGUACCCCUUAUUGACCCUUAAAGAAACUCGUGUCAUAUUGCAUUGUAUCAUACCAUAUCUUAUCAAAUUGUAUCCAAGACAAUGUGUACAACACAACAUGUGUAAUACAAUGUAUUGAUCCCUUUAGGGAACUUAUCUUGGAUACGAUACAAUAUUAUAAGAUACAAUUCCGUAUAUGAUAUGAUAUGAUAUGAUAUGAUAUGAUAUGAUACAGUAUAGUUCAAUACGAUAUGACACACCUCAUUGUCUCUUUCAGGAAUUUCACCUUGGAUUUGUAUGGUGCACUGAUUUAGCUGCCCUUGCAGCAGUAAAUGAAUACAAACAGUUGUCCACAUGUUAACAAAGAGACACAUGCCAAUGACAACCACAAUUGUGCACAACUUAAACUGCACAUGUAGAGCCUAAAGGCUCAAGUUACAUUAUUCACAAAUUUGAUUAGACUGGGAAGGAAACAUUUUUAUACUGGUAGUUGGAACAAAGCGUCAUGUUCUCCACUCCCUCAGCUUGCCCUGUUUGCCACAUCACCAUCACACCCAGCCUUUGUCUUUAUAAAGAAAAAACCACAUAAAUGAAAACAGACCCUUCCUCCACAGUUGGGUCAUGUCUGCAUCCACAGCCGGCUUCCUGCCCGUGGAGUGGCGGGGUUGACAUUUGGGGAGAGGAGCCAACUCCAGCAGAGAGCCACAGAUCCUGGACCAGAGGAGGGGAGGGAGUGACUCAGAGCAGAGAGGAUGAGUCAGGCGUCAUGUGCUGAAUUGGCACUCAUUGGUCCCAAUGCCCCAUAUGGUUUCUGUGAACAGUAUUUUAGCCAAAUUAAACUAUCGUUUGUUAGUGUACUGAGGCAUCGUCAAAGCAAUGUGGCUUGCAUUAUACAGGCUGACACACAAUAAGGAAAAUCUUUGUCAAAAUGCAAUGCAAAUAAAAUGUAAAAAAUAUUUUCUGAUGGUAAAAUUACACUCUCUUUUCAUCAAAAAGGCACUCAGCUCAGUGAAUCAUGGCUGAAGGAUACUACUGACCUCUGUUUCUAAGUUUAGGGGGACUAUAUCUGUGACUGGGAAGUUCUUUUGGGAAACAUUUGAAGUUUAACUACUUAUUCAUGAGGAGAAUCUAUUAUUCAGACCCCGCUCAGAUGAUUUCAAAUAAUUCAUACUGCAUCAUCAGUAAGUUACUUUUCAGAAUAGGGGUUCAGCUACACUACUUUUAUGGGUCUCUGUUAAGUUUCCCAACAGGACAUUAAGGUCUGACAUUAGAGCCAGCUGCUAAAUAGCUUCCCUGGAGCUGGUGUCUUGGUUGAACUAUACUUAAUGGCUCUUCAGUGGCUUAGAUACAUGUUCAGAUAGAAAUAAAUUCUUGUGUAAGUAAAGGGAUAUGACAAGAAAUUUUACCGGAGUUGCCAGUAACACAACCCAAGCACUGUGUCAUCUCAUGGGUGAAAGGAGAAACUGUGUGAGGUGAGUCGUUCUUGUUCAUCUCUGAGCUUUGUCAGCUUUAUUUUACAUCACUUAAAGGAAGAGUAGUAUUUAGUUUUUGGUGACAAAUAAUUUUUUUCAUUCCGACAAGAGACAAUGUUCCUAUUUUUCCAUUCCAAUUCUGAGUAUUAGUCAGAUCAAACGUCAUUGUGUCUGCUCCAGAGGACCCUAAAUCAUACUUCCCUACCUAGGUUUUCACUCUCAGAUAUUUUGCUCAGCACUUAAACUGAGGCACAGAAAAGCAUUUAAGAAAGAGGGUUCAAACUCGAUAUAAUGGGAGCAAUCUGAAGGAGACUUGUUUGGCUUAGCUGUUAAUGUGUCCCAAACAGAAGCUGUAGUCCUUAAAGUGGGCAGCAGCCUGGGGUCAGUUUCACCUUAAUGCAUAUCAUUCUGCUGUCCCCUCCAGUUUCUCACUCUACCCAAUGCCCUAUCCCCUCAAUAAAGACACAAGAGCCCCAAAAAGAAAAAACAAAACCGAAAAAAGAAAAUGAGUUUGUUGUGCUUUGGUUUCCUUGCAUUAAUGACCUGAUGAAACAGUAUUUGGCAACAACUGAGACUCAAUUUCAGCAAAAACUUUACCCCUGCCAGUGCACCAAGCACUUUUUAGGUUUUGUGAAAUUGGAUUUUCCUUUCUAGUGUUGGAUAUUGAUUAUUUUAGGAAGGCUGCAAUAUAUCUUAGAAUAAAACAGGUUUCUCAAUAUAUGCUGUCAUGCAAAAUCUUGGUAAACUGCAGCCUCUCAAAGUAAUGAAACAAUUACUCAAUGCAAUCUGCAAAGGAACCGAGCAGUUUUAGGAACACUGUGCAUACACAUUAAAAAGAAAGCCAAUAAAAACAUGAUGAAAUACUCUAGUUAUAACAAGUCAUUUGUCAAAAACAACUCUGAACCCUACUGGAUCGUAUAGUGUCUUUUGAAUAAAAUAGCCCCACCAUAUUAAGGAAGAGCUUUGAGAGUUUGUAACCAAGCCUAAAAUGCAAAAGUAGACUUUAAAUAAUCACUUUUUUUUAAAAAAAGAUUAGUGUCAUCACCUUGUUUUCACCUUCUGCUCCUUCCUUAUAUUCCCUUAAAACAACAACAACACUUUUCUGCAGGUGAGGGAUGCUGGUGAAUCAUAGCAAGUUGCUCUGGGUCUUAUUUAUAUUUAUUCAGCUGGAGAAAGAUGUUUUUUUUUUUCCUUAAAAGGUUAAAGGAGGAAAAAGCCAGUCAUCCUUCCUCUUCCUUGAUCCAUCGUCCACCCCAUCUCCCCCAUCCCUGGAAAAUCCUUGGCCUCAGUGCCCGGGACUGGGGCAGGGAGGAGGAGGAAACAAUGCUUGGAAUGUGCAAAAAGACUUGAGUCAUUCGCACUCAUCAACCUCCGGCUCAGCUACUAGUCCUGCUUAGUAUCCUAGUAUCCUAGUAUCCAGUAGUAUCCUAAAACAAAUGAGAAAAUAUUGAAUUUUGCAGUUUCAUUUCAUACUUUUCUGCAUUUUUACUGUCAAAUUGGGUUUAAAAUGAUGAACAGAAUAAUUGUAAUAGCACUUGAAGGCAGCAGGGGAGCAGGGGAUUUCCUCCCUUAUGAGAAGCCUCAUGUCAUUAAAAGAUACACUGACUGCCCUCAACGCUUUUCAAUAACUCUAACACACACACACACACACACACACACACACACACACACACACACACACACACACACACACUGUAGCUUUGUGCUGAACAUCUGUCUGCUUCUUCCUGAGGCCAGCUGUCCUUUUGAUACCAACAUGGAUGGUUUAUAAUAAUGAGAUCAAUUCGAAAAUCACUUUGAAGUUUGGCCUUAUGACUUAUCACAGAUCUUUUUAGCUCUUUAAAGGCAAGAACAAAAAGAACAUGUUGUUUGUGAGGGCUUUGAUACUUGUAAGCUUGUAAGCAGCUACAAUGCAGUCCAGAUCACUCAUGGACCAAGUAUCCAAAUGUUCCAGAUUAAAAGCUUCCAUCAUCUCCCAGUACCAUGAAUCAGUCCUACAAAGGCCUUAAAGUAUUAUUCUUCAUUUUGUGCACCCAACAUAUUACACUGUGUGCUAAAAAUAACAACUUGUUUGCUAAAGAUGUUAUUCUAUUAUUUUGUGUGCUUGCAAUAAUAAUAAUGCUCAUGCCAGAUAAUUAUCUUUUUUUCACAAAAGAUAAUACCUUAUCCACAUGAGGUGAUUAUAUUUUGAUAACAGGACAUCAACUUGUUCACACAGCGGAAUAAAUGAUACAAUUAUUUUCCAGGAAAAAGUUAUUAUCUUAUGCACGCAAACUUUUAUUUUUUUAUUUAAAUUUUGUACAGGCAAAAUAAAAAGCUGCUCUGUCAACUGUAUUGUGUGCACAAGUUUUUAUCUUGGGACAAGUUGGUUGGUUAAAUUACACUUUAGUGACAUGCAACCAUCUUGUGCCCAUAAAAAUAUAUUGUGUGCACAAGAUCUUGUGCAGACAAGUCAAACAUAAGGUGUGCAAAGAUGACACGUUGAACACAAGAUUUGAACUUGCGUGCAUUGGAUGAUAACUUGUUCCCAAAAGAUGAUCAAUUCAUGCACACGAGAUAAUUAACUAGUUACCUUAAGACAAUAACUUGUGUGCACAAGAAAACUGAAUUGUUCUCAACAGACACCAUGUUUGAAGUAGAUAGAUACUUGUUCUCACAGGAUUAUUAUGAUGGGUGUUUUUUUUCUUGUACAUUCCAGUUAAUAUCUUAUCUUGCACAUAAAAUAUAAAUAUACUUUUCAUACUUGAGGGGCGCCGAUUUAGUGAACUAUCAUGGCCAAAAACAAACAAAAAAAUGUUUCACAGAGUAACAUUUAAGGGUGAGGAUGAUAAGUUUUAAAUGCAAACAGAAUUUUUAUGUCAUAUACAAGACAGUCUUACGGUGGCCGAGUACCGCCACUACUGCAAAUAAAAAAGAAUGAAAAAAAAAUAAAGAAGAGGCCACAACGGAAGUUACUGAUGAAAAAAAAAAGAAAGAAAAUGAAGCCUUCAAAUAAAAAAAGAGGCAGUGCAGAUUAAAAAAAAAGCCACAAUGACACAAAAAAUGGCAAUGCAAAUAAAUAGAUAAAUAAAUAAAUAGGUACUUACUACGAAAAUAAAAGGUUGCAAAUAAAAAAAGCCACAACAGAAGUGAGCUGUCGGGGACCAAUAAUGAUGAUGCACCAGCGUAUCGACUCAGGUGCUACAUGGCCUAACCAAAUGACACAUUGAAAAGC